CGCGGGUAGUCCUCCGGCAGCGCUAUUCGCGCCACGAUCCACGCUCGAGCACGCCGCUAUCCGUAGCUCCGCUCUGACUGGUUCGCCGCGCCCCCCUCCCCUCCGCCGGUCUCGCCCGUCGUCCCUCUGCGUCGCUCCAGUGGGGUGCGCGCGAAGCGGUCUCUCUCUCGCGCGCCGCCAUUGCCGCCGCCGCGGUCCACCCCCUCCCCUGCGCCCGCGGGUCGCGCCUGACGACGCUCCGCUCUCUCGGGCAUUUCGCCGGAAGCCGACGCCGCGCGAGGACGCACGCAGCCGUCCUGCUGUAUCCCGUAGGUGUGAGAGCCACACACGCACCCGAGGACCCGAGUCGCGCAUCCACCCGCGACCAGCCACGGUGAGAGAGAGAAAGAGAGAGGAGGAGGAGGAGAGGCGGAGGAGAGAGACCGACCGACCGAGUGAGGCCAGUUAGUUUACCCACGGCAGCAUGAGCACCAAGGAAAACAACGAGGUCGCCGUCGAGAAGGCGACGGAGAACGACAAGCCGGCCGCAGACGCCAAGUGCGAGAUCAAGGGGAUCAAGAGGCCAUCGGAGGACAAGACCGAGGAUGCGAAGAAGCAGAAGAAGGAGGAGAACGGUGACGGAGAGGUAGAGGAGGAGGACGUGGAGGAGGAGAUCGAGGGGGAGGAGGAGGAAGUGGACGGAGACGGCUUGGAGUCCGACGAGGAGCCCGACAUGGUGGGAGGCGAGGUCGACUUCGAGGAUUGCGAAGAAGAGGAGGAGGACGACGCGGACGGGGACGGGGACGGCGACGUGGACGAGGAAGAGGAGGACGCAUAAUGAAAGAAGGUCGCGAGCGUUAUAUGUAAGUAAGAAGGGAGGUAGGCAGAUGGCGCCAUCGUCGACCUCGCCGGCCAGUCGGCGGUUCUUCGUAGCGGACGACACUUGCUCUCAUAUUGAGUGGUUGGUAGCGACGCCGGCGGCCGGCGCGCCCUUCUCCGAGGAGCUGGAGCGAGCGAGCGAGGUCGAGGGAUGGAAGAUAAUGAGAAAGAAGAAGAGGAGAAAGAACGACAGCUCUCUCGGCUCCUCGCGACACUCCGGCCCGCGGGCGCCAUCUCGCCCCCGAAGAAGAGACACCUGGACGCGCGUUCGCGCGGCGCCUCCGAGCACCGCCUCUCCCUCCACCCCUCGAGCCGUCACCAAAAAUACGAGCCGCCGGGUCUUCCCCCCGGAAAUUGCGCGCCGGCGUCUCUCGGGGGGAGGGACCGAGGGCGCAUGCGCGCCGCCUCGCGACAUCUUCCUCCCACGGCAGCGAGUCCCGCUCUCUUCGCCAGGCAGAGACCCCGCCCCGCCGCACACCCCUGCCCCCACCGCCCGGAAAAUCAAUAUACCAAUAUAUACAUACAUACAUAUAUACACGAUACGUGCCUGCCUAUGCACGUAUACAUACCUAUAUAUGUGUGCACGUAUACAUAUAUGCGUGUAUCCACAAACUCGCGCGCGCGCGCACGCGUACAUGUAUAUAGCAUUCGCGUCGCGCACCGCGGGGGACAGUUUUAUAUUAACGAGAAACUUAUUUAAGAGAGGAAAACCGGAAGAAAGGAAGAAAAAAAAUAACAGAGAAACAAGAGAGAUGCGCUGCGAUUAUAAGGAUAUGAGAUAAACGAGACGAUGACAGAAAAAAGCUCUAUUGUAUUUAAAAUAGUGUUUAAAAAUGGACGUGUGUUUUGCGGGCGAGAGUUCUAGGUUACACACUUUUUCUCUUCAUUCAUCUCCGUUUUUGUCGCCGAGAGAGACGCAGGGACGGACAAGAGGACGAGCGCGUACGCGCUGACUGACCGACACACACUCAUACAUACACGUAGGACGCGAAAUUUCCGUUCCCUCGACGGCGGAUGCCUCUCACCGACGACGCGCAUGCGCGGCCGCGAGUCUGCCGCCUUCGACUCGAGGCGGUGCGGCGCGCUCCUGAUGACGCUAUGCGCCGAGCCGUGUGUCGCGUCGCGUAAGGUCUCGAUGACGCGUCGCGUGAGGUCUUGAUGAUGCGUCGCGUCGAAAUGUCGGGACGGCGCGAGGGGAUCCUUCCGGCUUAUAUACGUAACACCUCGUACACUGGCGGACGCGAGUGCCUUCCCUUGCGAAUAUGGCGCCGCCAGUGUGCUACGGGGAAGCCAUUCGCGUCCCCCCACGGUGUAGGUUAACUCGGAAAGAGAGGGCGCCGAGCGUCGAGGCUGCGCGCGGUAUAACGAUCCGAAGCGACGCCAGCGCCGCCAGUCGACGCCAGGGGAGGGAGUCACGCGUGACGUUUCUCAACCGCUGCUGCAUGAUGACUAUACAUAGCCUGUAUAAAGUUUAUGGACUAAGGAACACUUUUUUAUUAUUAUUAACGGUAACUCAACUGUGUACACGUAACGCGUAAGGUGGAGAUUGUUACGUACUUUAGGCACGGACGCGUAGAGUAGGGAGUGAGAGAGAAAAAGAGAGCGAGUGAGUGAGCGCAGGGGGAGGGGGUCUGCGCCGGCGUGCCGUGACGCCAGGCGCAGUGGCGUCGCUUCCAGAAGUCUCUCUCGUAUAUCCACGGGACGCGACUGCAGCUGGGCCGACGGAGGACCGGGUUAGGCGGCCGCGAGGCUAGAUUUUUCACCUCUCGACACAAUUUAGGCCGCGCAUACCCGUUAGGCGGGUAAGGCCGAUAUUUCGUGAGCGCAACGAACGACGGAUGUGUUCGUUGUUUCGUCGUCGUCAACCGUUUCCUUUUUUUUUUAAUCUCAAGGAAGUAAUCGUGCUGGAAUAGAUUUUUUUUUAAUUCAAGCUCGAUUAAGAGCGAAGAUGGGGAGGCAUUGCGAAGGGGGGCGCGGUUAUGGUUUUUUUACAUUUUCUUUUUCUUAUUUUUAUAGGGUCGCCUAGGUUAUCGGAAAUACGUAAGGUCGCGCAGCUCGUCGGCGGGUCGGUUCAGUGGGUGAGGUGGGUAUUAAUGGAAACUGUAGGAUGACGCGCGUAAGCCCCGUCGAUCGCCCAAUCUCGGUUACGGCUCACUCGGGCGCGGAAAAUUUGAAUUGGGCGCCGGAGUACCAACGCGGGAAAUUCAAAUCGCGCGGCGGCACGAAGUCGGGCCAAGUGCAGACGGCGCGCGUGCGCGAGAGAACGUCCACGGUAUCUCUGUACAAUGCGGAUUGUCUCCGAGAGCAAGGAAUUACCCGGAGACGCCCUCGUUACCGCGAGGGCGAGCGAUCCACCAUCGACGCGAACCGACGCGGACAGAGAGAGCGACUAAAUACGAGGGGCGCAGCCGAUCUUUCGAAAGAAAAAACAAAAAGAAAAGGAAAAAAAAAUAACCCUCAGAUCCUCGUCAAUUGUACAUUUAACCGCGAAUGACUUCCACCUUGGGACGACCAGGGCGUGGGGAUCUCCUCGACCGAUGGAACCGCGCGACGAUCUUACCUGAGAGCGCAGGCGCGAGCGAAAGUCUCCGCCUCUCGAAUGCGCGCGUGCUCCCGGCGGCAGCCGCUCGCGGACUGAGGCAGUGGCGCCACCUCGCGGGUGGCGGUCGACCUCGCUAGCCGGCCGCGCACGCGCGCCGCGGCGCGCCACUUUUCCUGUUUCCGUGAGCAUUUUUGCGUCACGGUUGCGCGAUCUUAUUUUUUACUCUUGACUCAUCGCCGCGGACCGACGACGAGCGCCGGCCCUCCUUCCACUCGCCAAAAAGGAACGCUUCCAUUUAUCUUCCUUCCCCUCGAUUCUUUCUAGAACGUACCGCGCCCUGGUUCCCGUUAAGGGAAACGAAAUGAUCCCCAAUGGCCGCUGGGUCGAGUCGGUCUUACCUAGAAAGCUAAGUUUUCUUCCGUUUCGGGCAACGAUCCGCUUCCAGGGUCAAUCCAUCCUGAAAUCCCUGAUAUGUCAUGGUUUUCUAAUCAUCUGGUGGCCCUGGAUUCUUUGGGCCAUUUUCUAUUUUAAACUCGGCUCUAUGCGCGCCAUUUGGUGGUCCGCUAUCUCGUGUUUUUAUUCAAUCGAAGGUUGCUAACUUGGGGGUGCAGAAUUCGUAUAUGACCCGAUUCUCGAGUUCGUACGUGAAAUCGACCGUCUCGAAUCGACUUUCAAACCUAUUAGACGAUGUUCGCAACUUCGCAGGAAUGCGAAACAUUUCACGCGAUACUUUUCAUGCGAAACUUUUCAUACGACACUUUUCAUGCGAAUCUAUUCGUAUGCGAAAAAAUCCGCGUGAACUGGGGAAUCGGGUUCAUGAGUGCUGGUGUUAGGCUCGAUAUCGGGCCAAAAUCCGGCAUAGAUAGAAAUAGACAGAGAAUACAGAAUUCAUAUAGAGGGGCGAGGGUCGUCGCGAUCUGUCGGUCCUUCGUCGUGACUUUUUACACCCUUCCCUGGGGAGAGAGACUCGCUAAGCAGCGGAUUCUUAAUCGGAAAAACAAGUUAACGGUGACGAGACAUUGCGGUUACGAUACCACUGUACCAUAGCUGCAUAAUAAUUAAAUAAAGGUAACGAUAAUUUGGAUGGCGAGAUACGAUGGUCCCACGUUUUAAUGUACAAAUAUUUUCGAAAGAGUUGUGCGUUAGUUAAGUAAAGAGCGCGGUUAGAGCCGAAGAGAGAAAGAGAGAGAGUGUCCGAGAGAUUGAGAGAGUGUUCGACUGCCUGACCGACCGAGAGAGAGAGAGAAUUAAGUAAAAGUGUAGUUCAGUAUCGUGAGUAGCGAUGGGUAUGAAAAAUCUGAUAUUUAGAGUCGGAGCGGUUAUUCACGCCCCGCAGGAUUUCUUUUAAUGUUUUAAUAUCUCCAAGAGAAGAAAUACGAACAUGUCUCGAGGAGAAUAUCAGAACUCGAGUGGGAUGGACCUUUUUGGCGUAACAAUAAAAUGAGAUAACACUUCGAUAAA